UGUUUCUGUAUGUACCUUUGAAAUACGUCCGUGAAGAAGCGUCAGUGCCAGUUACAUGCAAUGACGUAGUGUUUGGGCUUUUGACAGGAGUUUAGAAGUUAGCCAAAACUAAAGAACUUCGGUUCAACUUCGUCUUCGAACUUCGAAGCGUGAACCGGUUUCGUAUAGCGCCCUCAUGGACGUGUUAACGACCAGGCCUAUAUAUACACAUAUCUGACAAUCAUUGGCAUUUCUCAUCAAGCGAAAGCGUGGCCGAGGUAGUUCAUGUGCCCCCAGCCAUGCCCUGGCCCCCAGCCAUGCCCCCCCCCCCCCCCACAAGUCAUUGCAAGUGAAUGCCAUGCCGCUCAAGUUGGAGAAGAGCACAAGUUGGGUGACACCAUGGACGAAACAGAUCAAUCUGAAACGUGCGGUUUGUCAUUGUCACCAUCAACAACAAUGUCACCGCUGACUCAGUCAGACAAGUACGCCCUCGCUUUUCAGCUCGUGGCGCAACUGACUAGUCUUGUCGACGGAACGAUCUUCGCUAAAAGAGUGGCAGUGCUGAGGAACAUCAAAGAGGCUUGGGAGAAGAAUAAGGAGGUUACCAUAGUAACAGAGGAAGACAAGUUUGUUUGUGGUGACCAACUGAACUUGGCUAUCUCUGACAUGUUUGAGAGUGUACAGAAUCCACAACUUGGGCCAGAUGAUUCCAACGUGGGCAGCAGCACAGAGAAGCAAGCCACUUUCCAAGCAGUAGGCUCACCAGCUCCUGUGGAUGUUGUCGUCAAACAAGAAAUGCCACAGCCUGGGAUGCCAAGGAUCGAGCAAGUUGUAAGUUAUGGCCUGCCGGCAUUGGAAACCUCAGAAGACUCUGGCCAAGCAUCAUCAUUUAUGGAUGAAAGCGGAUGUUCCGUCGCAGGGAGCAUGGAGGAAGAGCAUCCAAGCAUGGACGAUGAAGACCUUCCGACAAUAAAUGGUGACACUCUGGGGAUCCCGCAACCUGAAUGCCUUAGAAGCCGUCUAGACACGGAGCGCUUGUUUGAAGAGCUGGGGAAUAACAGAGCACAGGUGAAGCUAGAGAAAUUGAGCCUUACUGGGCCUCUGCAACUAAGCAACCGUGACCUGUCACCAAGAGAUCAAUGUGGUUUUGUCGCUGGGCAGGAGAAUAACUCUCAUGAUAUGAGGCCGUUUGAGGAUGACCCAAAUCAGGAGGAGGAAGACAGUCCAUUAGGAGGAAAGAUGAUAAAACCAAAGCGACCCUGCCCAUACUGUGGAAUAUUUCAAAGCCAACUGAAGCGCCACAUUGUCAAAAAACAUAAGAACAAAGUGAAAGCUAUUCAAGAUCUGCCAAAACAGAAACAAAAAGCAGAAUUCAGGAAGCUAAGACUGGAUGGCAUUUACCUGCACAACAAGGAAGUACUACAAAGUCCCAACAACGAAGACAAGCUCCUUCGGGAGAGGAAGUCCAAGCGCCCAUCCUCAACCGUGAUGUGUACCAACUGCCAUGGUUUCUACAGCCCCAGAUACUUCUGGAGUCACAAACCUCAGUGCACUGAGGAGUCCUCAGUACGCCCCAAAGCAGUGCCCACUUCUUUGCUCCAGCCUGUUCCUGGUCUGGUGAGGGAUGCUUUCGAGGCUGACAUACUGAGCGGUUUGAGAGCUGAUGACAUUGGCAAUAUCUGCAAAAGUGACGCCAUUAUUCGCACGGUAGGCCAACGCCUGUAUGAAAAAAGGAAGAGCAAGCAAGAUGACUUGAAUGGAGGUCAGAGUAAUUCAGUUAGAGCUGACAUGAGAAGGCUGGCUUCUCUCUACCUGAUCUUUUGCCGAAAAAAUGCAAAAAGUGGGAGCCCGAUAACAGAAACCGGAACAGCAGCCGACAUGCUGAAUCGGCAGGGAUUUGAGGUUCUUCGUGACACAAUCACCUCAUACACCUCUACAACCAAAGAUUUGACCACUACGGCCAAAGACACAACCACUACAUCUCCGGAUCCAUCUGGCCUAAAAGCAGGACUGAAAAAUGUCCUCUUUUACUUGCUGAUGACAACGGCGAAGAUCAUCAGAGGCGCUUACCUCCUCCAAGGCAAAGACAAACUGGCUAAAGAAGUGGAACACUUCGUGCAGGCUUUAGACCUCAAUCGUCAAAUGAUCUUCGGAGAUGCCACCUACCAUCCACAAAGGCCUGUAGAUGAUGAGAUCAUGGAUGUACAGUAGUUCAUCUUUGAAAUUCAUGUCUCUGAAUACCGUUGCCAUAUUAACUGGAAAGUAGCUGGGACACUCAUGAGACUAAUCUAUGAAGGGCAUAAAAACUCAUAACCCCAUCGGUGUAAUGAAAGCUGUCUUUGAUCAGUCUUUCUCUGCCACCCCAACUUGUAGAUAGUCGAAAUAACUGAUGUUAUGUUGAUGCACAAGUAAAAAGUAAGCUUUGCUUAGAGCUUCUUCGAUCCAUGGUAGAGGGUAGACAUCGUGGAUGAUUCUGGAGUUCAGCUUCCUAUAGUUAAUGGAAAGUCUGAUGCUGUCCUCCUUCUUCCUCAUAAACACUAUUGGUGAAGCGAACAGGCUCUGGCUUUGCUUGAUUACGCUGACUCUUCCAAGUCUUUAAUGUGCUCUAUCCUGGAACUCCUCUAGUGGGAUUUGUCGGUACAGCAUAUACGGAAUUAGGGAGUUGGGUCUCUUAUAGGGGAAUCUUAUGUUGUGUAGUAGUUGCCCCAUAGAAUGAUUCUAGAAGAUAUCAGCAUUUUGCUUCAGCAAGUUUUUCAUAGCUUUCUGUGGGGAUGUCAGGUUGGCAUCACUGAGUUUAAAAUCUGGUAUCGAAUUCCCCUGGACACCUCUUGCUCACAGACUGUUGCCACACUGGAGCUGGAAAUUGUGGGGUCUCGGCCAACCUCUUGGACACAGGACAAUAUAUGCUGCGAUGACUUCAUUCUGUCUAAAUGGUUAUACCACUUGCUGGCACAGUUUGCACAGCCUGGUGGGAGCUUGUCUGUUUUAACUAGCGUCAUCAACCCUACAGCAAGCCGUCUGUCAGAAUCACCUUGUGCCAGUGUCGUGAUGGUAUGACGUUGCCUAGAGUGAGGUGCCUUUGCAAAGAUGGUCAUACCAGGACGAAGUUUCAUCCGUCUUCUUCCUAAAUAGCUCCGUUCCUCCGAGCAAGGUAAUGCCAUCAGUAUUGACGCAUUGCAGACAUGACUGCCGUGUAUCAGACAGAUUCUGAGCCUAGACAUCCCCUGCCGUACUCGUCAUAUACAUGGUGUUCCUGUUUCACCUUGCUCCUUGUCUGCUUGUCGGAACUCCUCAGCAGUGACUCACAGUUCCUUCCGUAGUUCCUUGAAAGUCAUAUGCCGCCAGGUUGCAUUGGUGCAAGCUGCUGCCUCACUGUAUUAUCAUGGAAACCAGCUAUGAAUUGGGUAGUACCAGGAAGAUCCCCAUCUUCAUCCAAAGAUCCAUGACCACCUUGUUUUUUUUCACAGGCUCCGGCAUGCCCUAGCAGAACCUCUUAGAUAGAGUGAUCACGUACUCUCCAGCACGUUUUCUCUGUUUCCUGGCAAAGAAUGAUACAAUGGGAGCUGAUUUACCCACAUACAUGUACAUCUUCCCCAAACUCCUCUUGUAAUUCUGCAAUCACUUCCUCUAGCUGCUGUUACUUCCCCACGACUCGCCACAGUAUGGAUAACGUCACGUGUCUCAACUUUUUGUUAUGCCUGACAACUUCAUAGGACGUGACUCUCUCUGGCUGAGGACCUGUGGCCUGUAGUAGAUACCACAUUAUUAUGGGCCGGCAUUGAAGUCCUUGACUUUCAGUCCAUAUGUUUCUUGAAAUUUGACCCACUGAACAACGGUACGUGUCCAUCAGCUGAUGUGCGGUAUAUGUACGUGCGUGGAAUGUGGCCCUCUUCGACGAUGUGUGGUAAUCAUGCGGGAUCUACCAGAUGUGCAGGGCCUGUAGAGAAAGUAGGCCCUGCUGGUCCCUGCUGACUGUGGUUGAUCACGUACCGUUCACACGGACCCCUGCCAUCCUAACACUGUUUUGGGGGCAUGCAUGCACAAGGGUGCUUGAAAUAGAUUUUGUGGACUUACAUGGUAUCCCUCAAGCUCAAGGAUCAAGGUCAAGCUGAUUGGACAAGGUUGGGUUUCUGCAAUCCUGCACUUUUCAAGUUCUCCCAAUAAAGAACACUGUACAUGCGUUGGUUUGUUGUAAACGAAUGGGGAAGACUUUUGGGCAGGAAAAUUGCCCAAGCUAGCAUGAGUAGAAAAUGAUAUUAUGGCUAAUUUCCAAAAAAAGAAAAUAAAUCAUCCUGGGUUUUGGCACCCCAAAAAAAGAAGGAAACCUGGAAAAAUUGUCACAUAAAUUUACAAUUUUAAGGCCUGGUUCAGAAUGAAAAAGUCGCAAUUUACUAAGGAUUUAAAUUAAAAAGUCAGGGUUGCCCACAAUUAAAGCAGACUGUGCAUUCUAAAGCCUAUUUAUAGGCCUAUACCUUCAAAUUCUACGUUGUAUUUUUAAAAGA